GGAGAACCUACAAAGCAGAUCCAAAGGACAGACUCUGCAAGCUUCCUUAAGACCUACCUUGCUACACAGGCUGAGCCCACAAAAGAACUGAAAAUUACAUCCUGAGAUGGACAGCAGUAAUUGCAAAGUUAUUGCUCCCCUCAUAAGUCAGAGAUAUCGAAGGAUGGUCACCAAAGAUGGCCACAGCACACUUCAAAUGGAUGGUGCCCAAAGAGGUCUUGCAUAUAUUCGAGAUGCAUGGGGAAUACUAAUGGACAUGCGCUGGCGCUGGAUGAUGUUGGUCUUUUCUGCUUCUUUUGUUGUCCACUGGCUUGUCUUUGCAGUGCUCUGGUAUGUUCUAGCUGAGAUGAAUGGUGAUUUGGAACUAGAUCACGAUGCCCCACCUGAAAAUCAUACUAUCUGUGUCAAGUACAUCACCAGUUUCACAGCUGCAUUCUCCUUCUCCCUGGAGACACAACUCACAAUUGGUUAUGGUACCAUGUUCCCCAGUGGUGACUGUCCAAGUGCAAUCGCCUUACUUGCCAUACAAAUGCUCCUAGGCCUCAUGCUAGAGGCUUUUAUCACAGGUGCCUUUGUGGCGAAGAUUGCCCGGCCCAAAAAUCGAGCUUUCUCAAUUCGCUUUACUGACUUAGCAGUAGUGGCUCACACAGAGGGCAAACCUAAUCUUAUGUUCCAAGUGGCCAACACCCGGCCCAGCCCUCUGACCAGUGUUCGAAUCUCAGCUGUACUCUAUCAGGAAAGAGAAAACGGAGAGCUCUAUCAGACCAGUGUGGACUUCCACCUUGAUGGCAUCAAUUCUGAGGAAUGUCCAUUCUUCAUCUUCCCACUAACCUACUAUCACACUAUUACACCAUCAAGUCCUCUGGCUGCCCUGCUCCAGCAUGAAAAUGCUCCCCACUUUGAACUGGUGGUAUUCCUUUCAGCAAUGCAGGAAGGCACUGGAGAAAUUUGCCAAAGGAGGACAUCCUACCUACCAUCUGAGAUCAUGUUACAUCACUGUUUUGCCUCUCUGUUGACCCGAGGUUCCAAGGGUGAAUAUCAAGUCAAGAUGGAGAACUUUGACAAGACUGUUCCUGAACUUCCAACACCUCUGGUCACUAAGAGUCUACAUAGGACUGACCUCGAUAUCCGUAUCAAUGGACAAAGCAUUGACAAUUUUCAGAUCUCUGAAACAGGACUGACAGAGUAAGACUUAUCCAGGCCUUCCUAUUUUUAAGUGUAUUAAAUAUAUCCAGCCAGAUAUGCAGCUACUUUACCUUCACUGUAUCUCAUGUUUAUCUUGUUCUCAAUACUGAUUACAUCACAGUAAUCAUGCCUAGGCCCACCAGAAAGGAAAAAAAAAAAGGCUGCACUAACAAUACACAAUUUGAAAACUAAACAUUCUACCUUUUUAAGUUUAUAUCUUUGGUUAUCUGUUGACAUCAGUGUAACCUGAUAGAGACCUGCACAUAAAGGUGCUAGUGAAUGUAUAGAGAUGUUGCAUGCUAUCAGUGAUGAAGGUUAACAGGACAGUGAUAUUUACAACCACUUAACUCUUGAGAAGAAUCACCACACAUCUCCUAUUGUCAUCUGCAAACUGAAGCAACAGUCUAGUUUCAAAUCAAGCUCUCUGCAUAGAAAAAUGAUUUCAUAAUAUUUAGUGAACAUCUUUUUACAACUUCCUAUUUUUUUCAAAAUAGCAAAGAAUAUUCUUUUGGUUCUUACAACUACAAACUAGAAUAACUAUUAUCUCUUUAAUUUCCAAUAGCUAAAAGCAAAAAUUUAAGAAAAACAAUAUAGUAUAGACUUAUACUGUAACCCUAAAGCAUUUUACCAUGACAUCAAAACACAUGCAAAUGUUCAUACCUUUGUGGGAGAAAGUAGCCAAGCAAGUAAGAGGAACUCUGGCCCCAACAGUACCUCAGGGUAGCACUUUUGGCAAGAAAAUGCAUAAAUAACUUGCAUAAUACUCAAGUAGUGAUUUGAAAACUUAAUCACUGAGUCACCUGAAUUCCUUCCAACCUAAAUGAAAACACUCUCUUCCUGCUUAUAACCUGUUCAAUUACAUUAAGUUAAAAAAAAAAAAAGGACAGGUUCACACUAACUAAAUAUGUACUUAAGUUUUUGUAGAUACAAAGGUUUAGUUAGAUAUAACUCAACUAGGAAAAAAAUUCUCUGAUAAAGCAAAAAGUCAUUAGGCAACAAACUAUUUCAAACUCAAAUUCCUGUUUCCAACAUCAAAUAGUUUUUUCUAUAAACACAAAAUGAGUGUUUAUUCACCAGUAGGAGGUUGGACUCAAUGAUCUCUAUUAUUUCUUUCCAAGUCUAAUACUCCAUGAAAAUUGUGCUUUCUCUGCCUCAGUUUUCAUUUUAUAUAUACUAAAAUGAAUCCUUCUCUUACAUCCAAGCUUAAUUUAAAUAUUUUCUUUGAAAAAUUUUCAUUUCAAUUAAAAAACUGAACUUUCCUCCAGCAAAACAAAAACGCAAGCAGUCACCCGAUCAGGUUUCAAGCAGAUUCUGUAGCUGCACAUCUUCUUCACGUUCCCUUACUCAGGCUGACGUGGGAAAAGUGAAAGACUAACCUUCCCCACUGAUGGAUGACCUAGGCAGGUUCAGCUCUUGAAAUAAACACCAGCUAAAGGCAAGCAGUAAAAAGAACAGCAAGUCGCAUUCUUCUACUUUGACAAAAGGAAAAGAAAAUGAAGAACUCUGGAGUGGUGUAAGAUGGACAACAGCAGAAGAAUACUAUGAAGACAGAAACAUAUUUAUUGUAAACUUCUGCUGUUUAAAAAUCUUAAGACAUUCACUCUUAGUAGGCAGACCAACAAAUUUUUUAAACCCAAGACUAUUGUUAACACUAUCUUAAUAUAGCAUGAUUCAUCUAACCUGUGAAAAUAAAGUAGUAUCAGUGA